AUGACCACCACCAAAACGCCCCCCUCACCCGCAGCCGCCGCUCUCAACGACACCUCCAUUCUCCCACGCCGAAUCGCGUCCAUCGCGCUCGUCGUCCUGCUCUACACGGCCGCGACGCCCUUCGCGCCCGUGUCGUGGCUAACGGGCCCCGUCAGCCUGUCCGGAACCUACUUUCUGGACCGGCUGGUAGCUGGCCUCGUUCUCUUCUGCGCCUUCUAUUUCCAGUGGGCAAUCGCGUCGCUGCGUGCCGCCGUUGUUGUGUCGCUGCCGACAGGGGGCAGCACUGCGCGCGUGCUACGGAACGGCCGCCUCGAGCAUGACCCUGCCUCCGCCGGCAGCGUGCCGCUGUGGGUGUGGCGCACCGCCGACUACUGGCACUUUGCACUCGCCGAGGUGGCCGUGCUGCUAGUGGCUGAGUUUGGCGGCAGCGAGACCAUGCGGCGGCUGUUAGUGUUGGGGGUGAUUCUGUUCUUGUGGGUUGUGGGUUGGGCCGCCACGCCGGCGAGCUUGAAGAGGUGGGCGUGGGAGCAUAUCAAGGUGUAUUUGUUUGUAUUGGUGCUGGAUGAGUUGCGCAAUAUUGGCUACGGCGCGCUGCAAGGUAUGGCGGGUGGCGGUCAGAGGAGGAGGCGUGGGCGGUGGUGA